AUGGCUUCAAUAAUCGAACCAAUGCUAACCCAAGACAGUUUAGCGCAGAUGACACAGGCCUUGGGCUUUUCAGAUGGUUUUGCCUCAUCGGAGUCCAAAAUCUGGCUACUUUGGACUACUGAUUUCGAAGUAGAAAUAGAGUGUGACAAUGGCCAAUUUGUUAGCUGUAAUGUUGUUUAUCUACCUUGGCAUUUCAGAUUUCGUUUUGUCUCAGUUUAUGCGAAGCACACAAGGGGAGAGAGGCUACAUCUCUGGGCGCAACUUGCUAUUCUUCUAAAUAGCCCUUUGCCGAUUCUGAUGGGAGGUGACUUUAACGUUAUCUCAAGUGUGACGGAGUACCGAGGAAGUGCAUGGCCGGACACUAAUAGCAUAGCUGACUUCUCAUCGUUCAUCCGAGAUAAUGCCUUGAUUGACUUGGAUGUUAUAGGCAACCUGUACACUUGGCAUGGAGUUCGAACUACUGGCCCAGUCUGGAAGAGGCUAGAUAGGUUUCUCAUUAAUACAGUUUGGAGGGAUUCAUUCUUAGUUAUCCGAAUUUGUGCUCUAGCCAGAACCACAUCAGAUCACGCACCAUUGCUUCUCCACGGUGCGAACUCCUCGCUCUCAGCUUCGAAACAGUUCCGCUUCCAGAAUAUGUGGCUAACGCAUCCGGACUUCAUGGAAAUAGUUCGCAACAGCUGGGAGCAAUCAGCAGACGGUGGGGGCAUGAGAGCUCUCUCCUAUAAACUAAAAUGGCUCAAGACGGCGCUAAAGGAUUGGAACAAGCACUCCUUUGGCAAUAUCUUUGAUCGUAUCAAAACUCUGGAAUCGGAGGUAGCUUUAGCAGAAUGCAGACACGCCAAUAACCCCUCUGGAGAAUCUAGAACAGCACUGCAAGCUAAACAGGCAGACCUCAUGUUGGCUCUAAAGCAGGAAGAAACAGAAGAUUGCCCCGAUCUAGAACCUCUCUUGCAAUGCCUCCCCCCGGAUUUGCUCGGACAUGAUACUCACUCUCUUGUUUCACAGUUGACGCCGGAAGAGGUCAAAGAAGCAAUGUGGAAGCUAGACCCGGACAGCGCGCCGGGGCUAGAUGGCUUCUCUGGUGCGUUCUUUAGACACUGCUGGGAGUUAAUAAAAGAGGACGUUUUUUGGGCAGUUCAAGACUUCUUAGUGGGGGUCCCGAUUCCUCAAGCUAUGGCAAGUGCACAAAUAAUCCUCAUUCCCAAGAAGGCUCAUCCAGACUCCUUUGCUGACUACAGGUCGAUCAGCCUUUGCAAUUUCAUUAGCAAAGUUUUCACGAGGGUCAUAGUCUCAAGGCUAAAUCUUAUUCUCCCGAAGCUAAUUUCUCGAGAGCAAGCAGGCUUUGUGAAAGGCCGCAGUAUUCAAGAUAACGUCCUGCUAGCCUUUGAAUUGCUCCAAUAUCUAGACAAAAAAUGCCGUGGUGCGAAUGUGAUUGUCAAGCUAGAUAUGAUGAAGGCUUUUGACUGGGUUUCUUGGUCUUAUCUAAGAGCGGUUUUAGAGCGCCUUGGCUUUCCGGCGUUGUUCGUUCACAUCAUAAUGGCCAAUUUGGAGGCAACGAGGCUCUCAAUAUUGGUUAAUGGUGCUAGUUGUGGUUUCUUUCAACCGACUAGGGGAGUGAAACAAGGUGACCCGUUUUUGCCCUCCUCUUCAUAUUGGCCUCAGAAGCUCUGUCUCGGUCACUGA